AUGGCAAUGCUUCUUUCCGUCCUCUGCAGCUUUUGCGUGGUCAGGACGGUGACGGCUGCCAGACGAGAAUCAUCUCGGCUCCAGGAACCCGACUUCGCGAUCAAGCCGGGGUACAAGUGCGAGCUGCAGGCAAAGGCGUGGUGCGCUCCUCCGGCAGUGAAUCCCGGCCAGCAGUAUCGCAAGAACGGAAAAGUGAUGUGCUGCAGCAAACUUGAGGCGACGGAGGCGGUGACGGCGGAGAGCCCAAUGGAGCGAGAAUCCCAGGAAGAUUCCACGGAGGUGACGCCAAAAGAGGAGACUACCACUGAGGCACCGCCGAAAGAGGAGACGACCACUGAGGCAGCUGUGGAGCCUGAGGAACCCGACUUCGCGAUCAAGCCGGGGUACAAGUGCGAGCUGCAGGCAAAGGCGUGGUGCAGCCCGCCGGCAGUGAAUCCCGGCCAGCAGUAUCGCAAGAACGGAAAAGUGAUGUGCUGCAGCAAACUUGAGGCGACGGAGGCUGGCGGCAUUCG